AUGUUCUCUUUACUGGGCUUGUUUCAGAAGCUGCCAUGUCCCGACCGAAACAAUUGCAAGAGGCCACGCUGUCUCUUCUCUCAUCGACCAGAUGCGUCCGAAACUCUGUCUCUCAAUAUACCAGUAGAUGAGCCCAAACCGACGCCACAGCCAGGUCCUUCCACGCCCGCGGGAGGAGCAAAGCCUACCGUACCUGCAAAGCGUCCUACUGUAUCUGAACCAGUACGCAGACCUGGGGCGAUAAGCAAUGGCAGCACCUCCUCGGAGCCUCCACGGAAACUACAGAAGACGGGUGCGGGAAGUAGACCUGUCGCCGUACCAACCGCAUCUGCUACUUCCACAGGUGUACCCAUCCUCAGAGUCAAUGCUGCGCAGUCUCAUGUCGCCAUUCCGGUUCGCCAGGCCAUGGUCAAGACACUAUACGACCAUUAUGUGGUCUUAUACCAGAAUAUCCUCCCUUCUAAUCCGAUACUAGCCUCAGAACAUGCUCUAAGGCAAGAGGAAGAAGUGUACAAGAAGUCAACGAAACUUACCUACAGGAAUGCCGUAAUAUCGUCUGUUGCUGCAUUGAAGAGACGGCCGAUCCCCGACUCGAUAUCUCACCCCUCCGUAGGGACGGAGCAAGACAUCGCCACGCGCGAGGAACAACGGAAGUCUCUCGAAUCAUUACGGCUCACCCGGGAGCACCUGGAGCCCUUGGUCUUAAGCAUGGACGACAUGAAGAAGUGGGGAUAUAUAGUCGAGAUACCGGAGGGUGUUGGCGGAGAUCGGCCAAGUGAAGAGGGCCAGCCUGCGAAGUGUGAGCGGUGCGGACAACAGUUUCUGGUUAAACGGAAAGAAUUGGCGGACGAAUGCACUUAUCACUGGGGGAGACAAUAUACCAAGCAGGUCAACGGCGAGAGAAUGCGGCUGUACACUUGUUGUGGCAAGCCAACAUCUGAAAGUGGGGGUUGUCACAAAGGCCCGCACGUCUUCUAUGAGACGAAGCCAGAAGAUCUACAUGCCAGGCAUCCUUUCUCGUAUUCCCGACCGGCGACGUCGGGAGAGGGCGCCAAGGAUACUGCGCUUGACGUAGUCGCACUGGACUGCGAAAUGAUCUAUACAACAGGCGGAAUGCGAGUGGCUCGCGUGUCAGUGGUGGAUGGCACUGGUACCGAAGUGUUCGACAAGCUGGUGAGGAUGGAUGACGGAGUAUAUGUGAUUGAUUACAACACUCGAUUCUCUGGUAUCACGCCUGAAGAACAUGCCAAAGCCGUCCUGCCCCUGGCCUCAAUUCGGAAGUCAUUGGACGCUUUCAUCAAUUCCGAGACAAUCAUGGUCGGUCAUGCGCUAGAGAAUGAUCUGAAGACGCUGAGGAUGAUCCAUCAUCGAUGCGUCGACACUGCUGUCCUUUUCCCGCAUCGCGCUGGGGCGCCUUAUAGACGGGCCUUGCGAGAACUUGUCAAAGAGCACUUGGGCCAGAUUAUCCAAGCCGGCGGUGCCACUGUCGGUCACUCAUCCGUGGAAGAUUCGAUUGCUACGCUCGAUUUGGUCCGUUGGUACGUUCUCAACAAGAAUAAAUCCAAUGGCAAGGCAAAUCCGAGCGCCUCAAAGACCUCUUCCUGA